UCAUUGAUCCUCGUCUCUGGUCUGAAUUCCAAGGAAGAAGAUCCUCAGACCUUGUUUCAACUUUCAAUUGUGCGCGUGAUCUUCUUGUGUUUGACGUUGUUGCUGCUGUUGCUGCAUUAUCUCACACAAACAUGUCAGCUAUAUAUAGAGGGGAAUCGUAUAGAGGGGAAUCCAGGAAGCACAGCAAAUCGAGAGGACGCCAUCAUUUGACCCAGCAGAAAAAGCAGGAGAUUAAGGAAGCUUUUGAAUUAUUUGACACUGAUGGCUCAGGUACUAUUGAUGCCAAGGAGCUGAAUGUUGCCAUGAGGGCCCUAGGGUUCGAGAUGACAGAAGAGCAAAUAAAUCAAAUGAUAGCAGAUGUGGACAAGGAUGGUAGUGGUGCAAUUGACUAUGAAGAGUUUGAGUACAUGAUGACAGCUAAAAUAGGAGAAAGGGACACUAAGGAAGAGCUCAUGAAAGCUUUUCAGAUUAUUGAUCAAGAUAAAAAUGGAAAGAUAUCUGUAUCAGACAUUAAGCGCAUUGCGAAAGAGCUAGGUGAAAGAUUCACUGACAGAGAGAUCCAGGACAUGGUUGAGGCGGCAGACAUAGAUGAUGAUGGAGAGGUUAAUGCGGAGGAGUUCAUAAGGAUGAUGAACAGAACCAACUACCAUCACUAAUCAUAUAGGAGUAUUAGUUUGUGUCAUAUUGUGAAAAUCGUAUGAAUGACUCGAAUCUUUGUUUAUUACCGACAAAUAACAUAGCUUUAUGUCCGCUAUUUCUUUUUGUUGUAGUUUAUUUAUUUGAAUUAUUCUUAAAUCUAAAUGAUAUUUCUUAAUUUGUAUGAAAAUGAGAAAAGUAACGGAGAGCUUUUUAAGGAUAUCACAUUCA